AAUGCGUGCAUUUUAGCGUUUAAGUCACUUUUCAAAAGUUACAAAUACAUUUUUAAAAGUAGCUACAUUUGUUGCUAGGUGCCGUUAUAAAAAAAAGUUGCCAGGGUAGUCUGAAAAGUUGCUAAAUCUAGCAACAAAAUUGCUAAAUUGGCAUCACUGUUUGUGGUAGUCUAAACAGAAUCCUUGCGACGUCCAAAAGACGUGACCGCAUUGGAUUUAAACGGUUUGAGUAGGGUUUAGGCGAGGGUAUGCACCGAACAUGUACCUAUUUUGGGUUUAGGCGAGGGUAUGGACAGACCGUUUACCUAUUUUCUUCAUCAUCCGGGUCACGCUCGCAGUUUGCGGAUGUGAUUCAAACGCGGAAACAACACGUUAGAAAUGGCAUCAGGGACAGAUCGAGCAGUUGGCAUGGGCCUGGUUGGCUUCAGCCUCCUAUUAUUUACAUACUACACAAUUUGGGUCAUCAUACUGCCCUUCGUGGACAGCGAUCAUGUGGUCCACCAGUAUUUCCUUCCACGGGAGUACUCUGUCAUUCUACCUGGGAUUGCAGCAUUGAUACUGCUGCUCUGUGUAGGUACCUUCAUUGGCGUGGUCACCAGGAAGAACCGCAAGCCUAAGGUGGACUAAGAGGGAUGGUGUCACAGAGACGCUGUCAGACGGGUCAGGAUGUAGCGCUAGUAGUUAUGCUAACAGUAGCUUCACUAGAACCUCCCUGGUCCAGCGUCUUGCCUUACAUUCCGUUGGGAGAAAUCAAAAAUAAAGUCUGGCUUCUCUCUGACAGCUGAUGAAAACAUCUAAUGACUGAAAGACAUAAGACAAGACUUGAAGAGCUGCUGUACACCAACACCUAUCCCUUCUCCUUAUUCAGACCCACAACCUUGUGGUUGGCAAUGCAUGUCAGAGAUUGACAUUAAAGCCUGAAAGGCACUUGCCCACCGGGCAAGUCAGAAGUCUUUUUUUUGGUUGCCAAAAGAUUACGAUCACUUCCCUGAAAAUGUAAAUUAGUUAUUUACACACAAACUGCCAUUUAUGGCCUGCCUGUCACCUACACAUAGGGAAGGAAUCAGAUCAGUACUGGAAUUCUUUGUAUUUUGGUUGUUAUCAGUAAAAACAUUAAUAGCAGGCUCAACUUGCCCGACUGCCAUAAAUGCCAUAAAUUGUUUGUCUUUUGUGUAAACAAUGGGAAUGAACCAGAAAGAUCAGCUUUAGGCAACUGGAAUUCUUUUCAGUUUGAUUUCUAGAUGUAUUUAUUUUUCGUUACAUGCCCAUUGGGGCAAACUCAGAGCAGGCCAAACUUGUGCAACUGCUCACUUCACUUGACCCAGGCAAUAGGGCAACCCUUAAUGUCAAUCCCUGCAUGGCUGCAGAUGCUAUAUUUAUCCUUAAGGAGCAUUGUCACUUUGCCAGGGAUACAAAAUUCAAAAGGCACUCGCACAUCUGAGCAAUCCAAUUUGCAGGUGCAUGGCAACAAUUGAACAAGAUGAAGGAAAAAGGAAACUGCACACUGCUCUUGAUAGUAUCACUGAUCUUUAAUAAGCUUAUGCGUGAGGCCUUCGUCAGAGCUUUUGUGAAUAAAAAAAAAAUUUGAACUCUUAUGUAGACCUAGCCCCACCCACAUCUCUUCCACACAUCGAAGGGGGUUGGAGGCAAAGGAAAAAAAGGGAUGAAAUCGAUGUGUCAGUAUUCACUUUCACUGUAUGUGGUCAGCCCUAGAUAAAAACCUGGCUUCAUAAUGUGGAGAAGAAUUAGAUUAGCUGAUUUUGUGGAGUACUAUAUCAGAUUCGAUCAAAGUUUCACUGGCAUCCCAUUUCACCACAUUUUGGAUGUCUUUUCAGGCACUGUUUUAAGACUUAAAGAUUUAUUUUGAGUUCUUAGUUGCUAAGAAUGACCAAUGUCAAUUGUAUAGUUAGUAACUGUAGUCUUCACGGACUGAAAGGGCCCAAUUGAUAUCCAAGCAUAUUUAUUAUGUCCACACAAGCACUUGGUAUUUUAAAUAAUCAUUGUGGCAAAUUAGGAAAUCUGUCAUUCUUUUAAAUACCAUUAAGUGCUUGGCUAGUUCAAGUACAAGAUAACUUAGCAUCUGAUAUGAUGGACGAUUUUCUAAAGUCUGUUGAGCAAAACAAGGUCUAAAAAUGUGGAUGGUGUAUAGGGUUAAAGGUCCUCUGUAUUCACAAAAUAAAAUGUUUAUAUUGAUAA